GAUCUGUGUGGUUUCAAGGUUAAUUAUGCCUGUUCAAACAAAAAGCCUGAAUUUGUUGCUGACGAAUUCGAAAGAUCGACGAGGCUCUGAUCUGAGCUUCUAGAUUUGUGGUGCGUCUAUAGCUCUCUCGUCGAGAUCAGAUUGAAAAGUUUGUAUAAAUGCCCCAAGACUCCUUCCGAAUAGUCCAUCUUCCAAAUCAAGCCUUCCCAAGACCCCUCGGAUAUCUCCAGUGACAACUUCUUAUAUCUUCCAAACACUCCAACGCGUAAUGAGCCGCCACGUGCUAUACGAAUCCGAAGACGACUUUUCAGAUGACGACAGCUCAUCAGUCAUUUCUUAUACUGACUCUGGUUCAGACGUGGAAGAUGAAAGUGAUUCGGGUUCCGAGCGACAAUAUCGAAAUUCAAGGACUCCUCUCAGGGGAAGAUCCUCAUCUCAUCGACCUCGCUACCUUCCUAGUGACUACUCAGACGACUCAGAUCAGGAGGAAGAUCCAGAUCAGAUUAUACGACAUCCCUCAAGGCCUUCCUGUGUAUGCUAUGAGCCCAGGUAUAUCCCACCAGCUCCCAUCCAAUGCAGCUCUUUUGUACAAAACAGCAUACCAACCCCGAACAGAUUAGUUCCCCUUCACUCGGAUACAGCUUACUAUUAUGCAAGUUCCGAGGGAAGCAAUCACUCAAAUCAGAAUAACACAAUGAUAAGGGCACCUCAAUCGAGGUCAGGUGAUGAAAGUGGAGGAGGGGCUUGGGGAAUGAGGAGACCAAUCAUGGGAGAGUACACUGGACCCAAUCCAAUCCUUCGAGAGCUGGAUAGACAAUACUAUAUGGACAGAGAACUAGCAGAGAGGGAUGAUUAUGAAAGACGACUGGAAAGAGACAGAGAAGAAGCUGAAAGAAACUAUUAUGAAAGACAAAUGGAAAGGCACAGAUAUAGGCGGAAUUCGUCUUCGGGUUCUCGAGAUUAUCAUCGAGAUCAGGAUUAUCCUGAAGCAGGCAGAUCUUCAGGUGGAGUUUUUGGUAGGUUUGCAUCAGCUUUGGUAGCUGCUGUUUCAGGAGGGCAUUAAUAUGGUGACGGUGUUCAACUUGACA